CUCGCCCAUCUGCCGCCAUAAAAAGCGCGAACAGAAGGCGGUACGAGCAGCAACCACCCACCACCAUGGCCCCCAUUCACGUCGACGAAUCCGCCGGCUCAGACGAGACCGGCAAGGGCACAUCUGAGGCGCCAUACCAGACCCUCGCGUUCGCGCUAUACACCCACCCCGACGAGAAGUUCGCGAUCCGCAAGGAUGCAGCGGGCACCUACGAGGAGCCCACGCAGUCCGCGCUGAAGAAGGCGAAGAAGGGCGCGGACGGUAUCGAGAAGAAACGCAAGAAGGCGGAGGAGCUCGCGGAGCGCGAGGCGAAGGAGCAGGCGGCCGCGCGCGAGCGCAAGGAGAAGCGAUUUGAGGAGAGCAAGAAGAUCGUCCUCCAGGAGGAUGCGAGUCUCCCUGCGGCGGUCAAGGCCAAGAUCGGCAACCUCACGCCCCUGCGGUCAAAACGAAUUCGGGCCUCUGGAUGGGUCCACCGUCUUCGCGACCAGAAGGAGAUCAUUUUCGUCGUCCUCCGAGACGGGACCGGAUACCUCCAGUGUGUUCUGUCCGGCCAGGUCGCGCAGACAUACGAAGCCCUCACCCUCACGCUUGAAUCCACGAUUGAGGUCGUCGGUACGCUGAAGACAGUCCCGGAGGGGCAAACUGCGCCUGGUGGCCACGAACUGGUGGUGGAUUACUGGAAAGUCCUCGGCGCGUCUCCAGGUGGCGAGGACGCCUUCACCAACAAAUUGAACGAAAAAUCAGACCCCUCUAUCCAGGCUGACCUCAGGCAUCUUGUGCUCCGCGGCGAGACUGCGUCCGCCGUGCUCAAGCUGCGCGCCGCGCUUCUGACCGCAUUCCGCCAGACGCUGAUCGAGCACGAUCUGCUUGAAGUUACACCACCCUGCCUAGUACAGACCCAGGUCGAGGGUGGCGCGACGCUCUUCAAGCUCGAUUACUACAACCAGCCCGCGUUCCUCACACAGAGCUCACAGCUCUACCUCGAGACGUGCCUACCGUCCCUCGGCGACGUCUUCUGUGUGCAGGAGUCCUUCCGCGCGGAGAACUCGCACACGCGCCGUCACUUGAGCGAGUACACACAUCUCGAGGCCGAGCUUGCAUUCAUCACCUUCACGGACCUUAUGGACCACAUCGAGGCGAUCAUCUGCGAAACGACCAACAAGCUGCUCCAGAACCCUACCUCCGCCGCGCUCAUCAAGCAGCUCAACCCAACAUUCACCGCGCCCGAGCGGCCAUUCCUGCGCAUGUCCUACGUCGACGCGAUCAAGUGGCUGAACGAGCACGACAUCAAGCACGAGGCCGAGGACGCAGAGGGCAACGUCAUCCGCGACGAGAGCGGUGCCCCCGUCAUGGUCGAGCACAAGGUCGGCGACGACAUCGCGGAGGCGGCCGAGCGCCGCAUGACGGACAUCCUCGCACGCCCGAUGUUCCUGUACGGCUUCCCGACGGAGCUCAAGGCGUUUUACAUGAAGAAGAUGCCGCGCGACGGUGCCACCGGCCCGACGUUCACUGAGAGCUGCGACCUGCUCAUGCCGGGUGUAGGCGAGAUCGUGGGCGGGUCGAUGAGGAUUGCGGACGAGGAGGAGCUGCUGGCGGCGUACAAGCGCGAGGGCAUCGACCCCGCGCCGUACUACUGGUUCACGGACCAGCGCAAGUAUGGCACGUGCGAGCACGGCGGGUACGGGCUCGGUGUGGAGCGCUUCUUGGCGUGGCUCGGGAAGAGGUUUACAGUGCGCGAGUGUUCGCUUUACCCGAGGUGGCCUGGCCGCGCGACGCCGUAAAGAGAAGAAGACAGAACGACAGAGGUGUAUUCUAGGUGUUGUAGUAGACUUGGGUAAGACUAUGGUCAUUGCCGUGCCGCAACCACGCUGCACACAUCGGUGUCCGACGUUGAACGUGAAGCUGAUAUUGACGAUCACGGAGACAUGGUCACGAACACGUUGAAGUUGUAGGUCUGCGGGUGCUCCUGCACCACAAACUCGUCCGCCCCAGGCGCACAUUCCGCGACGACGGUCUCUUCCCGGAUAACCUGCGCCUUCAUCCCACUCCCCGGUACCAUGGAGUACGACAGCAUCUGCACGCCUGCGCGAGCCACGUUCCACGUCCUGCCAGGCAGAUCGUCGCGCGCCCAGACGCGGAUGAGCGCAGGCCCGGUCGUGUACACCACGAGCCAAAACGCAUCGUCCGUCAGUUGCCACCGAUCCGGACGUCCUAACGGAUCGUCGACGGCCUCCGCGUCCUUCAUGUGCGGGCGGGACCACAUGUAUAUCCUGUCCCGCGCGAUAGGCGGGUACGCGCCCUCCUUGAACGCGCGCGCGUAGUAGCGCGUGAGGUCGAGCCAUGCGGUGUGUGGGAAGCCGUCCACCCAGGCCUGCGAGUUUGGCUGCGCACCCUUGAUGGGCCCGAUGUAGUGCGACUCACCGUAGUCGUUCCACGAGAUUAUCUGCACGAUGUCGACCUGGUCGCGCAUCGCGAUGAGCUGCUCCCACCUGCGGACGUACAGCCAGUCGUCGCCACGGUAGAGCCAGUUCUUGUUCCAGGAGUCAGGACCAUAAUGCGUGAAGAACCAUGGGGAUACGGCUGCCAUGAAGGUACGGCCUGCCAGAUGGUAGAUGUGGUGCCUGUCCGUGUCGAGUCGAGCGUAUACGGCGUCUUGCAUUGACGAGUCGGGGGUUAGGUGAAUCGGCCAGCUUCCGUUCCAGUUGAAGUAGCCAUCCAUCGCGGAGAUGCUCGGAUAACGUUCAGGGUUUAUGAAGAACGAGGGGACGAGGUGUACCGGUGCUAUUUCCUGCAAAAAGCUCUUCACGAAUUGCCACGCUUCGUGCAACGUAGUCUGCCCGAACAAACAGUCCUGGCCAGCAAAUGUAGAAAUCAAGACUGCGCCUUUGUACAGGAGCUGCCGCGGAUGGUGUGCAAAUGCCGCAACGUAAUCCUGGAGAACGCAUACGUCUUCUCGACACGCGCCGCGUAUAGACGACAUGUCGAAGCAUAGGAAUAGCCGGAAGGGCUCGACCUCGAGGGCGGCCGCGUAGCACUUUGCGACAGAGUCUUUCUGCCAGGACUCGACGCCGAUGUUGAGUGCAAACGCGUCUAUUCCGUGGCUACUGGCUAGUUCAAUGUCUUGCUUCCAGUCCUCAAUGGUGUAUGGAAACGUGUUGCCGACCACGAAACUGCCACAGUUGAUAAGGAUCAACCCGAGUGAUGUCAGGCAUUUGCUAUUCAGCAAGCUUGCUCAUGAUCUAGAUGGAUACACUGAACUGGGCAACCACGAGUUUUGCAUGAUAGGAUGUCUGGCUGUCUGGCAUCGCG